AUGUACUUCGGAGAAUCAAGUUUUCAGAAAAGAAUACAAGAAUUAAAGGACUCAAUUGAUUUAGAAAAAAAUGUUGAAACACUUGUACCAUAUCCAGAACCAAUAAAAUCAAAAUUUCCUUAUAAACAACAACAAUUAUUACCUUUUGAUUUAAAAGAUAAUAAAUUAAUGGAUUCAUCAAGUUUACCAAAGACUAAUAAAGAGAAAUUAGAAAAUUUUUUGAAAAAAUAUUCAAUUGAUUAUAGAAUUAGAGUGAAAUACUUUUUUACUAAAGCUUGGAAAUUAAUUAAAGAAAGUUUUCUUAUCAUCUCUUAUGAUAUUUUAGGGAUUUUAUUCAAUAUUUUAGGAAUUUUAUUCAAUAUUUUAAAAAUUUUAUCAACAAUCAUAGUUUUCUUGUUUUAUACACUUCGUGGUUUAUUUUAUUUUACAAUAGAAGUUUUGGUCCUUUUAGCAUGUUGUUUAAUAUGUGCAGCUAUAAUUUUACUUCCAAUAGCACUAUUAGGUGGUAUAACAUUUGGAAUUCCUUUUGGUUUGAUUUAUCUGUAA